GGCAGGAGAUGGGCAGCUGUGGAUGAGAAGGGAGAAGGGGGCACCGGGGGCUUCCUGCAGCUUCCAAGAUGGUGAAGAGGAAGAGUUCAGAGGGGCAAGAACAGGAGAGGCUCAGGGGGAUUCCUCUUCCCAUACAGAUAUUUCUCUGGAGACAAACUAGUGCAUUCUUAAGACCAAAGCUUGGCAAGCAGUAUGAAGCCUCCUGUGUGUCAUUUGAAAGAGUCCUGGUUGAGAACAAGCUGCAUGGCCUCUCUCCUGCCCUUUCUGAAGCCAUCCAGAGUAUCUCCAGAUGGGAAUUAGUCCAGGCCGCGCUACCCCAUGUAUUGCAUUGCACGGCCACGCUGCUCUCCAACAGGAACAAGCUAGGGCACCAGGAUAAGCUCGGUGUUGCAGAAACCAAGCUUCUGCACACUCUUCACUGGAUGCUGCUGGAAGCUCCUCAGGAUUGCACCAAUGAUAGAUUUGGUAGUGACAGAAGCUCCAGUUGGGGGGGAGGUAGCGGUGCUUUCAUCCACCAGGAAAAUCAAGGGUCUCCAGCACAGUCCAGGCAAAGCAACACUAAUGAAGAAGAUGAGAACAAUCGAAGGAAAUUCCUACAGAAUUCUAUGGCCACAGUGGAGCUCUUUGUAUUCCUAUUUGCUCCUCUAGUUCACAGGAUUAAAGAAUCAGACUUGACAUUUCGCCUUGCCAGUGGACUAGUUAUUUGGCAGCCGAUGUGGGAACAUAGACAUCCUGAAGUUCCUGCCUUUACAGCACUGGUGAAACCCAUUCGGAACAUCAUCACAGCAAAAAGGAGUUCUCCUUGUAACAGUCAAAUCAAAGGGGUGGAUUCCCCAAAGCAGAGCACAGGCCUAAACGAGGGGUUUGAGGUAGUUUCUGAAGUUGCUCAGCCAGAAGAUUUGGCACCUCCAAGACCUACUGUAUCCAGCUGCCAGAGAGCCAAUUCAUUUGAUGGCUGCUCUAUAUCCCAAACAUCCCAGGAGAGAGGACCACCCUUUCCGAGAGCAUCUUUUCUGAUUCCUCCAUGCCAAAAAUCCCGAUAUGCCACUUAUUUUGAUGUGGCUGUAUUAAGAUGCUUGCUGCAGCCUAACUGGUCAGAAGAAGGAACUCAAUGGUCACUCAUGUACUACCUGUAUCGACUUAAGCAUAUGCUGGAAGAGAAACCAGAAAAAUCUCCUGAACCUGAGGGCCCUCCUCUCCCAAGACCUCGCAGCAGCUCCAUGGUUGCAGCAGCACCUUCCCUUGUAAACACCCAUAAAACCCAGGAUAUGACCAAAUGUAAUGAAGAGGACAGAACAUUGGGCUCAGAGCCAUAUGCCAAAGUAUCACUGACCAAUCUACGAAGAUCUGCAAUACCAGAUCUUUCCUCAGAUAUUGGAAUCAACAUUUUUAAGAGGCUGAGGACCAGAAGAGAUGACAGAGAGCGUAAGGGAUCAAUACCAUAUCACCACCAAGGGAAGAAGCGACAACGUAGGAUAGGGAUGCCCUUUCUACUGCACGAGGACCACUUGGAUGUAUCCCCAACCCGCAGUACGUUUUCCUUUGGGAGUUUUUCUGGUAUUGGAGAGGACAGGCGCACUAUUGAGAAAGGGGGCUGGCAAACCACAAUAUUAGGUAAAUUUACAAGGCGUGGAAGCUCUGAUACAGCUACUGAGAUGGAGAGCCUGAGUGCAAGGCAUUCUCAUUCCCAUCAUACUUUGCUAAGUGACCUUCCUGACCACUCCAACAGUCAUGGAGAGAACACAUCUAAAGAUGUGAGGUCCCAAAUUUCAACCAUAACUGUGGCCACAUUCAAUACUACUCUUGCAUCAUUCAAUGUUGGCUAUGCCGAUUUUUUUGCUGAUCAUAUGAGAAAGCUUUGCAAUCAAGUGCCCAUCCCUGAAAUGCCACAUGAACCACUUGCCUGUGCCAAUCUACCACGUAGCCUAACAGAUUCCUGCAUUAACUACAGCAGCCUGGAGGACACAGACCAUAUAGAUGGCACCAACAAUUUUGUCCACAAGAAUGGAAUGCUGGAUCUGGCGGUUGUUCUUAAAGCUGUAUACCUUGUUCUGAAUCAUGAUAUCAGUUCCCGGAUCUGUGAUGUGGCCCUGAAUAUUGUAGACUGUCUGAUCCAGCUAGGAGUUGUACCAUGUGUCGAGAAGAAGAGGAAAAAGAGCGAAAACAAGGAGAAUGAACCGAGUAUUAUAUCAGGAUCGGCUUCAGUUAGUGGGGAAAAGAGGCAAAGUGAAGUAAACUUCCAGAUGAAAGGGUCUUCCCGAGGGUCAAGCUGUGGUUUUGGAGGGGGCUCAAGUGGUGGAGCAGGAGGUGGAGGAGGCGGAGGAGAUGAUGGGAGUGAUGAUAAUCAAUUUAAGAAUGGAAAAAAUGCUGAAAAGGAUGAGAAUGUACCAGUAACCACCCAUAAACUGGCGCUGACCAUGAUGAUCAAACUGGUAAAAUCAUUAGGUUGUGCAUAUGGGUGUGGUGAGGGUCAUCGAGGGCUGUCUGGAGAUCGUCUGAGAAAUCAGGCACAAAACUGUCUCACCAAGCUAUAUAAACUGGAUAAAGUGCAGUUCCGACAAACAAUGAAAGAUUAUGUUAAUAAGGAUUCUCUUAAUAAUGUAGUCGAUUUCCUCCACGCACUCCUGGGAUUCUGCAUGGAGCCAGUAACCGACAGUAAGAACAGGGCUGGGUUUGGAAACAAUUUUGCAACAAUGGACAAUAAGUCUACCGCUCAAAGUGUAGAAGGCAUUAUAGUGAGUUCCAUGUUUAAGUCUCUGAUCACUCGCUGCGCUUCAACAACACAUGAGCUGCACAGUCCUGAGAACCUGGGAUUGUACUGUGAUAUUCGACAGUUAGUACAGUUUAUCAAGGAAGCUCAUGGAAAUGUGUUCCGACGAGUUGCGCUCAGUGCCUUGCUGGACAGUGCAGAGAAACUAACUCCAGGCAGAAAGUCUGAUGAUUCACAGCCGGAGCCAAGAUCUUCAGCCAUUAAAAGACCAGAAGAAGCGAGCGCUCCUGAAAAGGGUCGGGUAUCCUAUGCACCCGAGGAGUGCCGAAGUUGCAUCUCUAGCUACCCCCCACAAACUCCAGAGCACAAUGCAGAUAAUUUAAAUGUUCACCCUGACCUAUCUCGCAGUGAUGAGCAAAUGCAAGGUGCAGGAUUAGGCCGUAAAGAUUUCUGGCGUAAGGUGUUCAAAUCGCAGAGUGCUGCAAGUGACACUAGUAGUCAGUCAGAACCAGACACCUCAGAAUGCACCACAGCUCAUUCCGGUAACACCAAUGAGAAGCGUUCAAGAUCCAGAUCCCGUCGGAUAUCACUACGCAAAAAACUAAAGCUUCCACUAGGCAAUUGGUUGAAACGUUCGUCCCUCUCUGGGCUCACAGAUGGUGUGGAAGAUCUUCUGGACAUCAGCUCUGUGGACCGCCUCUCAUUCAUUAGACAGAGCUCUAAGAAUGCCGCUGGCUUUAGGAAGAGCUUGCCAGCACAGGAGAUGGGGGAGACAGAUAAAAAGAAAUUCUCAUAUUUCUCAUUGAUGAAGGUGAAAUUUACGAGUGCUGUAAAGUUGUCAGAAGCCGGCCCAGGAUCAGGGAUGGAUGGCGGCAGAGAUGAAGAAGAGAAUUUUUUCAAGCGUCUUGGUAAAUGGCGCUCAAGCAGAAGGAAUACAUCCAGGCUUCAUCACACAGAAGAAAAAGAUGGAUGUCAAAGCUUUGAUGACCAUGGUGCUGCCAAUAAUGAAUCUGGGAAAAGCAAAAAUGUAGUCAACUUGGGAGCAAUAAGGCAAGGGAUGAAGCGCUUUCAGUUCCUGCUGAACUGCUGUGAACCUGGAACGAUACCCGAUGCCUCCAUUUUAGCUGCAGCUUUAGAUUUGGAAGCUCCAGUGGUGGCCAGGGCAGCCCUCUUCCUGGAAUGUGCCCGUUUUGUUCACCGAUGUAAUCGGGGAAAUUGGCCAGAAUGGAUGAAAGGACAUCAUGUGAACAUUGCCAAAAAAGGUCUUUCAAGAGGUCGUUCCCCUAUUGUGGGCAAUAAACGAAACCAGAAGCUGCAAUGGAAUGCAGCCAAGCUUUUCUACCAGUGGGGAGAUGUGAUAGGUGCCCGUCUUAAUGAGAUAUGUCACAGUGAGAGCGAAAGUCCUGCCAAUCUGCUUGGACUUAUCUAUGAUGAAGAAACCAAGAGAAGACUGAGGAAAGAGGAUGAGGAAGAAGACUUUUUAGAUGACAGUAAGGAGAAUCCCUUUACUACAAGAAACCCUGCUUGUGCUGUAAAUCCAACAAAAUGUGGCUGUCCAUUUGCACUGAAGAUGUCUGCAUGUCAACUACUCCUGGAAAUCACCACGUUCUUAAGGGAAACCUUUCCAUGUCUGCCAAGGCCUAGAGCUGAACCUCUUGUGGAUCUGGAGACCUGCCGGCUACGCUUGGAUCCGGAGAUGGAUCGACACCGAUACGAAAGGAAGAUCAGCUUUGCUGGUAUCUUGGAUGAGAAUGAAGACUCCAAGGAUUCCCUACAUAGCAGCAGCCAUACCUUGAAAUCAGACACAGGAUGUGAGGAAAAGAAAGUUCCCAGCAGGAAGAUCAGGAUAGGAGGCUCCCGCUUGCUCCAGAUUAAAGGAACCCGCAGUUUCCGGGUGAAGAAAGGGGGCUCCCUGUCCAGCAUUCGCCGGGCCGGCAGCCUAAAGAGCACCAAACUAACACGGCAGGACUCAGGGUCCGAGAAUGAUGACAUCCAGCUGUCACAGAGCAGGGACACUGUUACUGACAUAGAAGGGAGCCCAUGGAGCACUAGUGAGCCCAGUAUUGAUCCUGAUGGAAGCAACAUUGGCACGGAAGAAAGCUACCACCGUAAUAUGUCUUGGUUACAUGUUAUGAUCCUACUAUGCAACCAACAAAGCUUCAUUUGUACCCAUGUGGAUUAUUGCCACCCACACUGCUAUCUGCACCACAGCCGUUCAUGUGCUCGGUUGGUGCGAGCCAUUAAAUUGCUUUAUGGAGAUACUGUGGAAUCGCUUAAGGAGGACAACCUGGGUAUUAGCUCUGGUCUUAGAGGCAAAAAAGUGAAAGAGUGCUCGGAUAAAUCAUGCCUUCGAACACCAUCUCUGAAGAAGAGAGUUACAGAAGCAAACUUGGAGGGGAAGAAGGACAGUGGGAUGCUGAAGUAUAUAAGGCACCAGGUUAUGAGCUUGUCUCCUGCCCCUCUGUCUUUGUUGAUUAAGGCAGCCCCCAUCUUGACAGAGGAAAUGUAUGGGGACAUUCAGCCAGCUGCAUGGGAGCUCCUGUUGAGUGUGGAUGAGCACAUGGCAGGAGCUGCAGCUGCCAUGUUCCUGCUUUGCGCUGUGAAGGUACCGGAUGCAGUCUCUGAGAUGCUAACUUCUGAGUUCCAGCAUCCAGAAGCAGGACAGAGACUGAAUGCGAUUCUAAAAUUCCACACACUCUGGAGGUUCCGAUAUCAGGUUUGGCCAAGAAUGGAGGAAGGAGCACAGCAGAUAUAUAAGAUCCCUCCCCCCAGCAUUAACUUCACAUUACCCUCUCCCAUCUUGGGUAUGCCGUCAGUUCCAAUGUUUGAUCCACCUUGGGUUCCUCAGAGCAGUGGAAGUGUUCAAGACCCAAUAAGUGAGGAUCAAUCUAAAUCUUUCUCUGCUCGUGCUGUGUCACGAUCCCACCAGCGAGCUGAGCACAUACUCAAGAAUCUCCAGCAAGAAGAAGAGAAGAAACGUUUAGGCAGAGAGGCCAGUCUCAUCACAGCUAUACCAGUGACUCAGGAGGCAUGCUAUGAGCCAACCUGCUCCCCCAACUCUGAGCAGGAGGAAGAAGUAGAAGAAGCCACCAAUCUGAAUUCCCGACGUCUGUCAGUGAGCCCCUCCUGCACUUCAAGUACUUCUCACCGUAAUUAUUCAUUCCGCCGGGGUUCCGUGUGGUCAAUCCGCUCUGCCGUGAGUGCUGAAGAUGAGGAGCAUGCAACAGAACAUACUGCAAACCAUCAUGUGUCUCAGCCGCCCCAGCCUGUAUUCCCAGCAUGCAUUUGUGCUGCUGUGCUGCCAAUCGUUCAUCUGAUGGAAGAUGGAGAAGUCCGUGAAGAUGGAGUGGCAGUAAGUGCCGUAGCUCAGCAAGUGCUUUGGAAUUGUUUAAUCGAAGAUCCGUCCACUGUCCUGAGACAUUUCCUGGAAAAAUUAACUAUUAGUAAUCGACAGGAUGAGCUAAUCUAUAUGUUGAGAAAGCUGCUGUUAAACAUUGGAGACUUUCCCGCCCAAACGUCCCACAUUUUAUUCAACUAUUUGGUUGGCCUAAUCAUGUAUUUCGUGCGCACACCAUGUGAAUGGGGAAUGGAUGCCAUUUCAGCAACCUUGACCUUCUUGUGGGAAGUGGUUGGCUAUGUGGAAGGUUUGUUCUUUAAAGACCUGAAGCAAACAAUGAAAAAAGAACAAUGUGAGGUUAAACUACUGGUGACAGCGUCCAUGCCAGGUACAAAAACCCUGGUGGUUCAUGGGCAGAAUGAAUGUGAUAUUCCUACCCAGUUGCCAGUACAUGAAGACACUCAGUUUGAAGCCCUGCUGAAGGAAUGUCUGGAAUUCUUCAAUAUAGCUGAUUCACAGGCAGCAAAUUAUUUUCUGAUGGAUAAAAGAUGGAAUUUGACUCAUUAUAAUAAGACCUAUGUACGUGACAUCUACCCAUUCCGGAGAUCAGUGUCCCCACAACUCAACCUGGUGCAUAUGUCCCCUGAAAAAGGCCAAGAACUUAUUCAGAAACAGGUGUUCACCCGAAAACUAGAGGAAGUUGGAAGAGUUCUAUUUCUAAUAUCAUUGACUCAGAAGAUUCCCAGUGCACAUAAACAGUCUCAUGUUUCCAUGUUACAAGAAGAUCUUUUACGCUUGCCAUCAUUUCCACGUAGUGCCAUUGAUGCAGAGUUCUCGCUGUUUAAUGAUCCUCAAGGCGGGAAGGAGCUGUUUGGUUUGGAUACACUACACAAGAGCCUGUGGAUAAAACUUCUCGAAGAGAUGUUUCUGGGGAUGCCCAGCGAAUAUCCUUGGGGGGAUGAGAUAAUGCUCUUCCUUAAUGUCUUUAAUGGAGCUCUGAUUCUUCACCCAGAGGACAGCGCCCUCCUCAGACAAUAUGCUGCUACUGUCAUAAACACAGCUGUACAUUUCAACCAUCUCUUCUCACUCAGUGGAUACCAGUGGAUUCUCCCAACUAUGCUGCAAGUGUAUGCUGACUAUGAAAGUAACCCACAGCUUCGCCAAGCUAUUGAGUUUGCCUGCCGACAGUUUUACGUACUGCACCGCAAACCUUUUGUGCUUCAGUUGUUUGCCAGUGUUGCUCCUCUGCUUGACCUUCCUGAUGGAGUAAAUAGCAGCUCAUCCAGUAAAGGAGUGUCUGCUCAGUGCCUGUUUGAUCUUCUACAGUCUUUGGAAGGAGAAACACCCGACAUUCUUGAUAUACUGGAAUUGGUUAAAGCUGAACGACCCCUUAAAUCAUUAGAUUUCUGCUAUGGUAAUGAAGACAUGGCUUUCUCCAUUAGUGAAUGCAUUAAGCUAUGCGUGACAGUAGUAGCAUAUGCACCAGAGUCAUUCCGCAGCCUGCAGAUGUUGAUGGUGUUGGAAGCUCUGGUUCCCUGUUAUCUCCAGAAGCUAAAACGUCAGACAACCCAGUUGGAGACUGUUUCAGCUGCACGUGAGGAAAUCGCUGCCACGGCUGCUCUGGCCACAUCUCUUCAGGCCCUUCUGUACAGUGUAGAGGCACUGACCAGGCCCAUGACAGCUCCUCAGAUGAGCCGAGGUGACCAGGGCCACAAAGGCGCAACAACAGCCAAUCACACAAUGUCUGCUGGUGUCAACUUAAGAGACAACCUUCAUCUUUUAGAAGAAGGUCAAGGGCUACCUAGGGAAGAACUGGAUGAAAGAAUUGCACGUGAAGAGUUCCGCAGGCCACGAGAGUCUCUGCUUAAUAUUUGCACAGAGUUUUACAAACAUUGUGGUCCUAGAUUAAAAAUUCUCCAAAACCUGGCUGGAGAACCACGGGUCACCUCACUGGAACUCCUAGAUGUCAAGUCACACAUGAGGUUAGCAGAGAUAGCUCAUUCACUCUUGAAGUUGGCACCUUAUGAUACACAGACUAUGGAGAGCAGAGGUCUGAAACGUUACAUCAUGGAGAUGCUUCCCAUCACAGACUGGUCAGCGGAGGCAGUGCGGCCGGCCCUUAUACUCAUCUUAAAAAGACUGGAUCGUAUGUUUAAUAAAAUACACAAAAUGCCAACUUUAAGGCGACAGGUUGAGUGGGAACCUGCCAGCAAUUUGAUAGAAGGGGUUUGUUUGACACUUCAGAGGCAGCCAAUCAUAUCCUUCCUGCCUCACCUUAGGUCUCUAAUCAAUGUUUGUGUCAAUUUGGUUAUGGGUGUGGUGGGGCCGUCUAGUGUUGCAGAUGGAUUGCCCCUUCUCCAUCUCAGCCCAUAUCUUUCCCCUCCUCUUCCUUUUAGCACAGCUGUUGUCAGGCUGGUGGCACUGCAGAUCCAGGCAUUAAAAGAUGACUUCCCACUGAGCCAUGUGAUCUCACCCUUCACUAACAUGGAGAGGAGAGAAGGGAUGUUACUUAACCUGCUCAUUCCCUUUGUACUAACAGUGGGAUCAGGCAGCAAAGACAGUCCUUGGUUGGAGCAGCCUGAAGUGUUCUUGCUGUUGCAGACAGUGAUAAAUAUUCUUCUUCCCCCGCGUAUUAUCAGUACUUCACGCAGUAAGAACUUUAUGCUGGAAAGCUCACCAGCUCAUUGCUCUACCCCAGGAGAUGCUGGAAAAGAUCUGCGCAGGGAAGGACUUGCUGACUCCACAAGUCAAGCUGCUUAUCUUGCUCUGAAGGUUAUUCUGGUCUGCUUUGAAAGACAACUGGGCAGUGAAUGGUACCAGCUCAGCCUACAGGUGAAGGAGAUGGCUCUCAGGAAAGUUGGUGGUUUAGCUCUAUGGGACUUCCUGGAUUUCAUUGUUAGAACAAGGAUCCCAAUAUUUGUCCUCUUGAGGCCCUUUAUCCAGUGCAAGCUGUUGGCACAGCCAGCAGAAAACCAGGAUGAGCUAAGUGCACGUCAACACAUAGCAGACCAGCUAGAGCGACGCUUCAUCCCACGGCCUCUGUGCAAAAGCUCUCUCAUCAAUGAAUUUAAUAGUGAACUGAAGAUCCUGAAGGAGGCUGUACAUAGUGGAUCAGCAUACCAAGGGAAGACGUCCAUCAGCACAGUUGGUACCUCCACCUCUGCUUAUCGUUUGAGUUUGGCUACAAUGUCUCGCUCCAACACAGGAACGGGGACUGUUUGGGAACAGGACAGUGAGCACUCACAGCAAGCCUCUCAGGACACAUUAAGUCGUACGGAUGAGGAAGAAGAAGAAAAUGACUCUGUGAGCAUGCCCAGUGUGGUAAGUGAACAGGAUGCGUACCUCUUGAGUGCCAUUGGUAGAAGACGUUUCUCAAGUCACACAUCCAGCAUGUCUGUCUCCCAGGCUGAGGGUGGCAUGCUUCCCAGCCAAAGCGAACCUAAUGUUCUUGACGACUCCCAUGGGCGUGAUGGCGAGAUCAGCCUGUCUAGGGUAGCCAGUGUGCAGAGUGAACCUGGUCACCAGAACCUUCUCAUUCAACCACCAUUGGGAAGGAAGAGAGGUCUGAGGCAGGGGGCUUUCUCUCCUUCUCACCUGGUUCAGCUACGAAGGCCUUUACUUUCACGCCAGAAAACUCAAACUGAACCAAGGAGUCGGCAUGGGGCAAGACUGUCAACAACUCGAAGAAGUAUACAGCCCAGAGCCAGGCAGAUACGUGAGGAAGAUCAAAAAACUGUGGAUCAAAAAAGAUCUGUAACCUUUACUGAAAACCAACCUCAGCCUUCUACUUCACAUGCUGAGGUUCCUCCCUUACCACCACGUUCUGGCUGUAGCCCUGCACCAUCUGUCAAACAAGUGUCUUCAGAGAGCCCUGUUCUCAGAUCCUCCCCAUCGAUCACUGUGGCUGAUCUUCAUGGCCAGACUGACAGCCAGAGAAGGGCCCACUUCCUGGGGAGGGAAGACUCCGAGUCCAGUCGGGGAGCAGCAGUCCCACUUCUCCACAGCUCCCUAUCCUCUCAUCUCUCUGAUCCUGAAGACUUUGGUGGUCUAGAAACUAGUAGCUUGCUUCAGUACACAGACACUGUCCUCCACAUCACUGAGGACAACGGGAUGGAGAACCCCCUUGUCUCAGGACAUUUUAAUUUCUCUCAUAUAGAACUUGGGGAGACAGACAUUGAUUUGGAUGAGUCUCAUGUUUAGCCUUGCUACAUUUUUCUCUUGUUGACUAUGGUGUGUUUUUUCUCACUCUUGCCUCUAGACAAAGUGCAAGGCACCUGCUUGCCCUCCCUUGUAAUCCUGUUGUGUUUGCUUUGGAGGGUGUAUGUGAAUAUGCUGCUUAUCUGACCUUGCUGCUUUGCUUUUGGUGAACAUAGUUAAAUAUUUUGUGGAAGGGUCUGCCUCACACAGGACCAAAGAAUGCAAAUGAAGUCCGAACUCUAGUCACUUAACAUCCAUGUGCUCUAACCGUGUGGUCAGUGUCUACUCAUUUCUCUAUUUUUGUAAAAACAUACAUCAGGCUAAUGCCAGUCCCACCUGUAUGUGAUUUACCUGUGACCCGUCAUGCCAGAGUUAGACCCGUCAUGCCACACAUUAGACUAAUGUACGUGCGUCAGAUUCCAUGGCAAUGCUGCUUUACACAGUAAAGAGGCCUUACAUGCAACUUACUAGAAUGUUACUUAGUCAUAUAUAUAUAUAUAUAUAUAUAUAUAUAUAUAUAUAUAUAUAUAUAUAUAUCCUAGCACUGCUUUGUAAGUAUAUAGGAAUUGAAUUGCUACAGGAAAAAUAAUAUGUGAUACAAUCAAGGAGGUGGUAAGUGACACAAGGACGUCAUUUGAUGAUUCACACUAGAUAAGUGUUAAAUACAACUUAUUUUGCAGAUGCUUACAGUAACUAAAGAGUUUCUUGCCAUAUUUUACACUGUGAUGCUUUUUGAGGGCUGGUUGCUUGAAUCCAUAAAAAAUACAUAGCCUCAUCUAUAAACAGUACUAUAGACGGAAUGCUUACAGAUGUAUCAAUCUUCGAUUGGCCUUGGAACUUUAGUAGUCAUAACUGGGCCCAUAUUAUGUCCAGGGAGUUUUAAAGGGAAACUGGUAGCUGGUUCACCAGUACUAAACCCAAUACACUGGGUUAUGGUGUGGGUGAACUGGAUAAAAAUGAGAUAAAAGAAGUAUAAGGGUCCAUUACUAAUAUGCUGUCCUAUAAGCAAUGGAAGCAGGAGCCGGCAUACAGAGCUCCCCUGCCUCCAUUUCCUCUGCUCUUAUAUAUUCGCCCACAGUGUACUCAGAUGGGUGAAGGGUUCUCCAUGAAUAUUUAUGAGGUGAGCGGCAUAUGGGAGCAUAACGUUAAGGAGGCAGGGAAGCUAUGUAUGCCAUCUCCCACCUCCAUUGCGCAAAGAACAGCAUUUAGAGAUGUGUAUUGGGUUUAGUGCGGGUGAACCAGCUGUCAGUUCCCCUUUAAUGAUGAUAAAAUUACAUCAAAUAUUUGUAAAUACCCCCACGACUGUCAGCAAAUACUGUACACAUUUGUUGGGCUGAGUGCAGAGUACCCUGCCCAGUGAAUAUACUAGUAAGGGUUAGCGGUGAUUUAUACAGUAUCGCUAUUUAACUCUGGGCUGCUUAAAAGGGUACUCCAGUGUAAAAAAAAUUUUUUAAUUCAACUGGUGCCAGAAAGUUAAACAUAUUUGUAAAUUACUUCUAUUAAAAAAUCUUAAUCCUUCCAGUACUUAUUAGCUGCUGAAUACUACAGAGGAAAUUAUUUUCUUUUUGAAACACAGAGCUCUCUGCUGUUAUCAUGACCACAGUGCUCUCUGCUGACAUCGCUGUCCAUUUUAAGAACUGCCCAGAGUAGAAGAACAUAUGCUGCUCCGGACAGUUCCUAAAAUGUCAGUACAUGCAAUGUCCUAAAAAAGUAAAAUGGAGCCGCCCUUAUUUGGUGUCCAAAGGAGCAGCUAACCCUGGCACCGCUGGGGACCCCCGUGAACUUGCACACAGCACCCCGUUACAAUCAGUCCCCGGAGCAUGUUCGCUCCGGGUCUGAUUACUGGCGAUCACGGGGCCGGAGCAUUGUGACAUCACGGCACCGCCCCCGUGUAACAUCAUGCUCCACCCCCUCAAUGCAAGCCUAUGGAAAGGGGCGUGGCAGCUGUGACAUCACAAUGCUCCGGCCCCGUGAUCGCCAGUAAUCAGACCCGGAGCGAACAUGUUCCGGGGAUUGAUUGUAACGGGGUGCUGCGUGCAAGAUCACGGGGGUCCCCAGUUGCGGGACCCCCGCGAUCAGGCAUCUUAUCCCCUAUCCUUUGGAAAGGGGUAAGAUGUCUUAGCGCCAGAGUACCCCUUUAAGUCUGCUUUCAAGUUAUAAUGAUUUAGAAAAGACCAUGGUAUGUGGAAAUAUUGUAACCUGAGGUCAUUUUAAGUUGAGGGAUCACUCACUGUACUUAGUUAUAAUUUCAUUUUGUUCUCAUUAUGUUCCAGCAAAAUGACAGACAACAGACAUAGUAUAAGUAGUAUAAGUGCAGGCUAAAACAUUAGUGAAAACAACAAAAAGGAUCACAGAGAUAUGUAUAAGAGACAGAGUUUACAUUUAAAAGCUAUAGCAUGAGCAUUAGCAAAAAUAAACUUCACUGUAGAAGCAGACAUAUACAGAUUCUCAGAGGACGAAUAUUCAGAAUUCUAUAAUCUCACAGGACCAAAAAACCCAAGUCCAAUAAUGAAAAAAUAUAUUAAAAGGUAUGUCUUAUAUUCUCAUUUAUGUGCAAUAUGUUAAAUACUUGAAAUGUUACUGGAAAUACCAUUGCAUUUGCUGGUAAAAUAAUUUGGUAAUGUUUGGUAUAAAGAAUCCGUUCAUACAUGAGCACUAGCACAUAUCUACAUAUCUACCACUUGAACUAUUUUACUUGCUAAUACAUUAAUACAUAAAGAGAAGCAGAUGUCUAUUAUAGGUUAAAAGAUAAAAUAUAUUAUGUACUGGUCUGCCGUUUCAGCAAAAAAAAAAGUGAAAUAAUAUAUGAAUGGGAGAUAAUAUAUGAAAUUCUAUUUCUGAGAUGACAUAUCAAUGUUGUGGAAAGAUAACAGACGUUCUAUGUGACCAAUAAAUAAAAAAAUAUUUAUU